AGUUCGCAUUUGUGAGAAUCGGUGAGUCAGCAAUCUAGGGUUCGUUAGUUCUAUCCCCAAAUCAAAAGCUCUCCGAAUUAUGCAUUAAUUUUGUUUUCGAUCCAUCUCGUUAUUGUCGUGCUCCCUUGUUCUUCGUUAUCGUCCAAUUAGCAUUGCGCAAUUUAGCUUCCACCAUUUGCCUUAAGGAGUUCUUCUGGCCUCUGUGCCUUCUUCACAGUUGCCUCACAAGCUUGUUUAAUUAGUUUCUUAAGAUGCCACGGGGGAAGGCAAAUUCUUCGUCAACUGCUAAGCCAUCCGAGCCUGUGAAGCCAGUUGAAUCUGAUGAGAGGGUCGAUUUUGAUGAGGCAAAUGAUCCAGAGGAAGCAAUGGAAGAAGAAAUUGAAUAUGAAGAAGUAGAAGAAGGAGAAGAAGAGUAUGUGGACGAAAUAGAACCUGAUGUGGAAGAUGUGGAAGAGGUGGAGGAAGAGGAGGAGGACCCGGAGGAGGUAGAGGUAGAGGAAGAAGAAGAGGAAGAGGAGGAGGAGGAGGAGGAAGAAGAAGAGGAGGUUGAAGAAGUGGAUGAAGAUGAUGAUGCCAUGCAAAAUCAUAGCAGUGAUGAAGCAAAGGUGGAAGAUGAUGAUGAGAAGAAAAAGCAUGCUGAACUUCUUUCUCUUCCUCCUCAUGGGUCUGAAGUAUACAUUGGUGGCAUCCCUCAUGAUGCAUCAAAUGAGGAUUUGAAAGCAUUUUGUGAGCAUAUUGGGGAUGUUGCAGAGGUUCGGGUAAUGAAGGGAAAGGAUUCUUCAGAGAAUAAGGGCUAUGGUUUUGUGACUUUUAGAAGCGUGGAAUUGGCUUCUAAAGCCAUUGAGGAGCUGAAUAAUACUGAAUUUAAGGGUAAAAAAAUAAAAUGUUCAACAUCACAAGCAAAACAUCGUCUUUUUAUUGGCAAUGUUCCUAGAAGCUGGGGUGAGGAAGAUCUGAGGAAGAUUGUAACUGUGACUGGACCUGGAGUUACUAGUGUGGAAUUAGUCAAGGACAUGAAGAACACCAACAAUAACCGUGGCUUUGCUUUUAUUGACUAUUAUAAUCAUGCAUGUGCUGAGUAUUCAAGGCAAAAGAUGAUGAGCCCAACAUUUAAGCUUGGUGACAAUGCUCCAACAGUGAGCUGGGCUGACCCUAAGAAUGCUGAAUCCUCUGCUGCAUCUCAGGUGAAGGCAGUAUAUGUGAAGAACCUGCCAAAGAAUGUAACUCAAGAACAGCUGAAGAAGCUUUUUGAACGCCAUGGGAAGAUCACGAAGGUGGUUCUUCCACCUGCAAAGUCUGGACAGGAAAAGAACAGAAUUGGCUUUGUACAUUUUUCUGACAGGUCAAAUGCUAUGAAAGCGCUGAAAAACACUGAAAGAUAUGAAUUAGAAGGUCAAGUUUUAGAGUGCUCUCUGGCAAAGCCACAGGCUGAUCAGAAAUCUGGAGGAUCAAAUACACAGAAGCCAGGAUUGCUUCCAAGCUAUCCAUCACAUGUUGGUUAUGGUUUGGUUGGGGGUGCCUAUGGUGCUCUUGGUGCAGGAUAUGCUGCUUCCAGUCUUGCACAGCCCUUGCUAUAUGGAAGAGGUCAAACUCCCAGUGGAAUGGCCAUGAUGCCUAUGCUUUUGGCUGAUGGACGCAUUGGAUAUGUCUUGCAACAACCAGGAAUGCAGGCACAGACCCCACCCUCUCAUCAGAGAGGUGGCAGGAGUGGCAGCAGCGGUAGUGGCAGCAGAAACUCUGGCAGUUCAAGUAAAGGAAGGCAUAACAAUGAUGGUGGCCAAGGGCGCAGAUACCGCCCAUAUUAGCUGGUCCUGAAGUAGAUGGGGUUAUCGUAGCACCCCCUUCUCUCAAAUGUCCACUUUGUUAUGUGCCUUUACAAGCUCGUAUAAUUCAUCAAAGUGUGCUACGUAUUUGUUUUUAAUUAAAAAUUUAUUCUGUAGAUUCAGUGUUGAUUACAUACAUAAUGUCAGGGCGUUUAAUGUGUAAGUUAAAUUCUUCUUAUGUUGAUAAUUAAUCCCAUAGUUCCAUACUUGAG